UAUUUGGUAGAGCUUUAGUCACUAAGUACUAUGUCAAAUAAAAUAGUUUAAAUUACUAUCUUAGUGUAAAAUAAAAAUAAGAUAAUUUAUUUAAAUAGUUUUAGUGCAUCUGUAGCUUCAACUACAUGAAUUUUUAAAACUGAGAAUACCUAGGCAAACAGGUCCUAAAAGAAGGAAGCUGACACCUGCAAAUUACAGCGACGUAACCAAUGUGGAAAAAAUCUUCAGGUUUACAAUCAGUGAUCGCAUCGUACCUAGUGCUCGUGCCAAGGUACGUGUACUGGUCGUGCCAAGUUGAGGUACUUGAUUAAGGGGGGCAACAUUCCUACCACUCCGUGAUUUUGCGAGCAUUAAUCUAACCCCGGUUCUCAUUGUUGGCCUCACCUUGGUUUGAUUAAUCGAAGUUAAUUACUGUAGCUCGUUCUGCCGAGAUACUAGUGUUUUGCUGUUGCAUGUGACCGCUGCCGGUUUUCUGGGGAAUAACAGUGCCUGGCUCUAGGGGCAUCUUUUUUCGUGCCAUUUGGGAAUUCUUUAUCUCUUCAUGUGCAUAAGUUUCAGAUAGCACCCCUAUGCUUUUUGUUAAUUCGAUGGACUGAGCAUGUCAGCUUGUGUACUGUUCUUGUCUUGCUUUACCUUGCCCUUUUUCUUUCUGUCCUUUUUAGUUUCUACCUUGUGCGUUUCACCAAACAAAGCUAGUCCCAUGUUUCAAGGGCACAGUACUAGCAGUACUAUUUUUUUUUUCUGGUGAAGAGGUACGUUGAUGUCUUCACCUGCUGCUACUGCAUACCGGUGUUAGUACAACUGCACUAGUCUUGUCGACAGAAAAGAUGUUAAGCUGUACCGAGUGGUGGGAAUCAUUGCAGCUAAAGUAACUGAUUAGUGCCACAGCACAGUAGAGUCCAGCAGUGUGCUGUUAACCCCUUAUUUUCAAUGAGUUGGGAGUAACCAUCGGAAUGUGUCGCUUGACACGCACAUGCCAGCUGCCAUUUGCUUGUGUCUGGUGUGGUAGACUCGUGGAGCAUGCAACAGACUGCUGCGCCUCAUCCCAAAGAAAUUAAUUAACCACGGGCCCAGCUGAAUUAUCCUCAGCUUCCGGGUUUUUAACAAGGUUUAGAUGCUACUGUUAUAAAUAUAUAUUUACAAAAUCCGUUGAAUGUGUGAAAUUAUAAAAGUAUUUUGUAAAACAAAACUACACAUUAUUUUAAGGUUUUUAAAUUAAAUAUUUUGAAAGUCUUUGUUAGUCAAAGUUUUAAAAGUUUGAUCAAAACUUUUUAAAAACAUGUAUUUAUAUUUUGAAAGUCAUUCGGAUAUGUAUAGAGUUUUAUAAAAUUUACUUUUAAUUGAGAGAUAUUAGCCCUUGGGGUCGGGGUCACAUGAUCCCACCAUUUGUUUUAGUUCAAAAUUCGAAUCCGACUUAAUUUCUAGGGGCAAUUUUUAUAGUUUGAAGGAACACCAAGAAUGGGCACAACUCUGAAGUCGUGUUACUAACAAAACUCCAAGCCCAACUGUUGACAUCAACGGAAAGCGCUAGCUUUAUUAGGUUCCUUGCCAUGUGUUAACCCUGAAAAUCAACGAAGAAAGUAGCCAUUUGUUGUGUUUUCUGCAUGUGGAGUGGUACUAGAUUAGUUUGGAGUAGGUUGCUGAACGCAUCGUGUCCAUGUCGCCGAUCAAUUUGCACGCUCGCACGGACACACUCCACCAAAUUGCUCCCAUGAACCCUGGAAUUUUCAGCAAAAGCCACCUGAUUUGCAUCGGUGUGACCUGCUUGUCAGUGACAGACACAUAUGUGAGAGAGAGAGAGAGAGAGAGAGAGAGAGAGAGAGAGAGAGAGGCGGUGAAACGGUGAAAAGCAAUGAUGUGGAGAAACGUUUGAGCGUCAUCAAGUGUUUUUACCGUUUCCCGAUGGGGCCGAGGCAGUGGUCAAGACUCAAGAGAGAUUUAUCGCUUGCUUUCCACAAGCACACGCAGCUGAUUUCAAUGUGCUGGUUUCAAACUUCCCGAGAUGUUAAAGACUCACAGAGCCAAGGAGCGGACGCCACAAGACGAGAGGAAGCUGGAGAGGAGGAAGCGGAGCCGGCGGUGAGAGCGCAACCCCAAUGGAGGCGCAAGUGGCGGCUCCGCACCACCACCAGCAGCAGCAGCAGAAGCCGGCCAACCUGGCGCGCACCUUCACCAAGCUGCUCCGCCGGAAGCGCAAGGACGGCGCGGCUCCGGGCGCGCCGGAGGCUCCGGCGCCGGAGUCCGCGGUUGGAGACGACUACGACGAGGAGCGGAUGGAGCCGCCCUCCAUGCCGUCGCUGAGCAAGCUCAAGCUUUCGGGGAACCUCGCCGCGGCCUACUCCCUGGACGCCUUCUUCCGCAACGCCGCCGAGAAGAAGGCCGCGGCGGUGGCCGGGGGUCGGCAACCGCCGGAGGUGGCGCUAGAUAACGCCGCGGACUCCCUCCUCGCCAAUCUGUUCGCAGGUGUGUCGGCGGUGAAGGCGGCGUACGCGCAGCUACAGCUCGCGCAGUUCCCCUACGACGCGGAGGCGAUUCAGUCCGCAGACGCCGCCGUGGUCGCAGAGCUUACCAGACUGUCCGACACCAAGCGGAGGUACCUCAGGGACCCCGCCGCCGCGGCCAGGGGAGCGGCGGCGGGCGGCCACACCGCCCUCGCCGCGCACGCCGAGGAGCAGCGCCACCUCCUCAAGACGUACCAGAUCACGGCGCGCAAGCUGGAGGCCGAGCUCCGCGCCAAGGACUUCGAGGCGGAGCGCGCCAGGAGCUCCCUCACCGCCGAGCUUCGCGCCGAGCGCGCCCUGGAGGCGAGGCUCCACCCCGGCCGCACCCUCGCGUCGCUCGACGAGCUCCACGUCUCCGGCCUCAACCCAACCCACUUCCUCACCGCGCUGCGGCACACCGUGAAGUCGAUCCGGUCCUUCUCCAAGUCGAUGCUCAACUCGAUGCAGUCCGCCGGGUGGGAUCUAGCCGCGGCCGCGGCAGCCGUGCAUCCGGGCGUUCACCUGCGCCGCGCCGGCGACACCAAGUUCGUGUUCGAGUCCUACGUCGCGAUGAAGAUGUUCGCCAACUUCCACCGGCGCGACUUCAAUCUCAGCUUCCUUGACGAGCGGGAGUUCUACGACCGGCGGCGGUUUUUCGAGGAGUUCACGGAACUGAAGGCGGCGCCAGCGAGCGCCUUCAUGGACGUGAGGAACGCGCGGUGGGGAGGGUUCGGCAAGUUCCUGCGCGCCAAGUACCUGUCGCUGGUGCACGCGAGGAUGGAGACGGCCUUCUUUGGGCGGCUGGAGCAGCGCGGCAUCGUGAGCGCCGGUCCGGGGUUCCCGGAGAGCUCGUGGUUCGCGGACUUCGCCGAGAUGGCCCGCCGCGUGUGGCUGCUGCACUGCCUCUUCUUCGCAUUCGACGACGGCGCCGAGGAGGACGGCGCGUCCAUCUUCCAGGUGCGCACGGGGGCGCGAUUCUCGGAGGUGUACAUGGAGAGCGUCAACGACGGGCGCGCCGAGGACGCCGCCGCAACGGCGGAGGAUCGUGUUGUCGGGUUCACCGUGGUGCCUGGGUUCAGAGUCGGCCGGACGCUUAUCCAAUGCCGCGUGUACCUGUCCCGGCCGGUGUGAUGGUUGCUGCGACAAAGCACCGUUGUGUUUGCUUCCGGCGUCCGGCGGAUGAUGUGGGGGGAAGAAUGCCCAUUUUGGGGCGGCCGUCGAGGUCUCCCGCCGGCAGCCGGCUGGGGUGGUUGUGAUGAUGAUGCAGGGUGGUUAUGUAUGUAAAUCCAUCAAGGAAUGUAGAAUGUAGCGAUGUAACCGUAAUUUAAAUGGCAUUUCGAGUUCCAGA